AUGGCGCUUGCCCCUUGCGUUCCAGUCGGUAUUUGCCAUCUGUUUCGUCCUACAGAUCAUUGGACUCCCCGAAACGCCGCGUUGACUGGUCCGACGGACGCUGCUGAUGAUCUGCUCUGCGGGACUCUGUCUGUGCUUUGCCGCGGUUUCCAUUCUCUUGUCCCUGCAAACCAAAAUACCGCGUCCGGCGCGACGGUGUUCGUGUUCGUUCUUCAGAUCUUCUACGGUGUCGGGUGGUUGCCUGUUGCGUCUGAGAUUAACACGACGCGGCCCCGGGCCCGGGCCUGGAUGCAGGCUAUUGCUUUGGGAUGGAAUUGGAUGGCUGUUUUUGCUGUUGUGAAAGAUUACGCCUAUUGCAUUUAG